CAGGGACGGCGCCCUCACCAUGGUAAAGCUGCUGCCUGCCCAGGAAGCAGCCAGGAUCUACCAUACUAACUAUGUGCGGAACGCGAGGGCCGUGGGUGUGAUGUGGGGCACACUCACCAUCUGCUUCUCCGUGCUGGUCAUGGCCCUCUUCAUCCAGCCCUACUGGAUCGGUGAUAGCGUCAACACACCACAGGCAGGAUACUUCGGCCUUUUCUCCUACUGUGUGGGCAACGUGCUGUCCUCUGAGCUCAUCUGCAAGGGUGGCCCGCUGGACUUCUCCUCCAUCCCCUCUAGAGCUUUUAAGACUGCCAUGUUCUUUGUGGCCUUGGCCAUGUUCCUCAUCAUUGGCUCCAUCAUCUGCUUCAGCCUGUUCUUUGUCUGCAACACAGCCACGGUCUACAAGAUCUGUGCAUGGAUGCAGCUGGCUGCUGCCACAGGCCUGAUGAUUGGCUGUCUGGUCUACCCGGAUGGCUGGGACUCAAGUGAGGUGCGGCGCAUGUGUGGGGAGCAGACGGGCAAGUACACGCUGGGCCAGUGCACCAUCCGCUGGGCCUUCAUGCUGGCCGUGCUCAGCAUCGGAGACGCGCUCAUCCUCUCCUUCCUGGCCUUCGUGCUGGGCUACCGGCAGGACAAGCUCCUCCCUGACGACUACAAGGCAGAUGGAAAAGAGGAAGUUUGAAGCAGCUGAAGGGUUGGUGAGUAACGCCACUGGAGGGUGGUCUGCGUGCUUUUGGAAGAGCUGUGGUGCUGUUUCCUUGGGGACUUGGAGGCGGAAGGACUUGGCUGGGCUGAAGGGGCUGCGGUGCGUCCUGGGAGAGAAGCAUGAUGCAGGGGGCAGGAAGCUAGCGGUAUCUGAGACCUUCAUCACUGAGGGGCAAACAGGAACCCUUUACUUUCACUUGUGUCUUGAGAGGUGGAAAAAGAACAGGAGAGAAGAAAUCAUUUAAAACGGGCAAGUGAUUUCAUAAACACAUCUUUUUGUGGAGUCUGGCAAGCAAGAACAGACUAUUAUUUAGAAGUCAUUACUAGAAGUCAUUAUUGUAACUGGACCCUUAUUUUCCGAAAGAAUUUUAGGUAAUUUGUACGAAACAUACUAGAAAAGCUAAUAAAAUAGAAAGUAAGAGUUAUAGUAACAAAAACAAGUAUUUCAGAAAGUGAGGCUAAUGGAAUUAUUGUAUUGAGAAUUAAAUUUAGCUCUAUGCUUCCUGAUAGCUGAGGCAAAAAGAAAAGCAUGCUUUAACUGAUUGAAAGGAAGCACAGUAUAUUAAUUUCCUUAUUGCCUUUUAAGUUUCCAAAAUAUGAUGCAACAAGAACAUUAAAGAAUAUUUAAAAAAAAAGAAAAGCCUAUAACAAUGUCACAUUCCUAAUAGCUGCCAUUUAUUGAGGACCAACAACAGGCCAGCAACAGACCUACAACAAAAAAUAAAAUACACCUUUGUGUGGGUAGGAGGCAUUAUCUCCCAUUUAAAUUAUUCACAUUUUUGUGAAGUGACCUAACAAUUGUUGACAUAUACAUAUGCUUUUUGAAUAACUGUAUGUUAGCAGUUAGCAUUGCCCCCCACCCCUUAUUUGAGAUGAUUCUCAAACUUUAAGAUGCAUACAAUUGCCUAGGAUCUUGUUAAAAUGCAUUCUGCGUCACUGGAGUGAGGCACAGACACUGCAUUUUCAACCAGUGGAAAUGGCUACUGGAAUAGGAAUCACACUUUCAGUAGCAAACUGUUAAGACUGUAAGCACUUUCUCCUGUUUUGCAAUGCUCAUUAUUAAAGUUUUAAAAGCUGCAAUCUCCAAGCCCUGGUGUACUGUUUAAUUGCUAAACCAGACCUUGGUUAUUAGCCACUUAGGAUUGCUAUCUGUCUUGCCUGAGGGGGAUUGCCCCCAGGGAGGUUCAGUCUGGAAUUUGGUGAAUUCGCAUAAUAAUGGAGUGUUAGGGGUAGGGUUUAGAUCAAACUUUAUUCUUAUUGUGGCAGGUGGAGUGCUGGAAUCAUGUCUGCCUCUGGGGCAGUCUGCAUGCUGCAAGCCCGUUUGUCUUUGCCUUGGGAGAGAGCACUGGGUGGAGCUCUUUAUACAGUAACAUCAACAGUAAUGGCUCAUUGCCAACAGGUGUGGAAGCAGUGGCCUAGCAUAGGCCAAUCACAUCAUCAAGUAGUUCAGGGUCAGGUCAGGUAAGGAUCCUGGCCAUAGGGACUUUCAUUUUCCCUACACUGUCAUAGAUAACGUUUUGCUUUUUGUUGAUAAAUUCUGGAAUGAAAUUACUGAAUCAAAGUGAACUAUACUUCUAUUUCUGUUUUUUCUUUUGCACAUUUAAGGAAAUUUAAACUGUUUAAACAAGCAAACAAAACAACACAGUAUACCCAUUUCUCCUUUCCCCACCUCUGACAGCAACCACCAGUCUGC